AUGGCAGAAUCAUCCAGUGAUUCAAACCGCUUCUUCUGUUGUGACCGACUGAGUAGAUGGGCUGCCAGGUCAACUCACAAGGAAGUUCGAGGUCAUCCUGCGGUAGACGUCACUGAGAAGGUCUACAGCAUAACAAGCACGUUACAGGAUACCAGUUGGAACCUGCGACAAGUAGACCAGAUGCUUGGACGAUACCGAGAAUAUAGUAACGGACAGCUAAAAGAAAGCUUGGAACAUUCAAUAGGUCAACUACGAAGUCAACGUUUAUUGAGAAACUCAGGAGGGAGAAGUUUCUCUGUUCCGAGUCUGAGUGCCAGUGAGUCCGAUGACAACGCUCUGACAGAGAGCCAUCACGUUCCACCUACCUCACCUCUCAAGGACUAUGGGGACUCCCAGGGCAUUAGACGAAUUAGAUCUCAAACCGGCGUCCGGUGUGUUCAGGAGCCUGGAAACAUGGCCCAGCUUCACGCUUUCCAUCAGUCCCUCCGAGAUCUCAGCAGUGAACAGGCUCGCCUUGGAGAAGAUUUCAACAGGGAACUCUCCAGAAGAAGCCGAUCAGAUGCUGAAACAAAAAGAGUUUUGGAAGAAUUGGCUGAAAAACUUAAUGAAGCCCAGAAACAAGAAGUGGUUUCCGAUCGGGUGGAGCGAAGGCUUCAGGAAAUUGAAAGAGAGAUGCGUACAGAAAGAGAGCUGGUGGAAAGACGUCAAGAUCAGCUGGGUCUUAUGUCCUUGCAGCUACAGGAGGCACUGAAGAAGCAAGACGUUAAAGCAGAUAAGAAUGAAGACAUAAUCAAAAAUAAGCUAAGACAAACUGAAAAUGAGAAGAAUCAAGUAAGAUUUUGAAAGUUUUCUGCCAAAGGACAGUGUGGGGCAAGUGAUAUUUGUUGAGUGGCUUGAAAACUGUGAGACUUGUCCAACAAGGCAGAUCUUUGGG